AUGAGUUUCGAUCCUUCUCGGCCACGGGGACGGCCAGCCCACACACCUGGCACAACUAUUCUAGCACACACGCCCGACGGACGACGGAUCAUCACCGGUGGUUCCAACUCGGCCAUUCGUAUCUACACGGUCGGCGAAGAUGGGGAGCCCAAGACGGUUGACGAAGGUAUCGACGCGCAUUUCGGAAUUGCUGCCACGGAGUUGCUUGUACGAUGCGCUUUGCCGGUCAGAGAUAUUGCACUGACAAGAGACGGGGAAUGGGUUGCAGUGGCAAGCGAUGAGCUCACGGUCAAGAUUGUCAAAGUCGGCGACAUGACGCAAGUCAAGUAUCUGCGCGAACAGUCCAAAGGAGCAAAGCAUGUCACAUUUGAUCCCAGUGGCCGGUAUGCGACAGUAUCCGGGACGGAUGGAAUCCUCUAUGUCUACACCAUGCACGAGGAAGAGCCGCAGCUAGUCCGCAAACUCGACGGCGUUAUCCGACGACUAGAGCCAGAGGCUGAGGCCACAUCGAAAGCAGUGUGGCAUCCUGAUGGUACUGCAUUUGCUUCCGCGGAUGCGACUAGGGAUAUCUCUAUCUACUCGACCUCGGAGUGGAAGAAAGAAAAGACCUUUGCUCGCGGUCAUACCGGCGAUAUCACAGCCUUGAGCUGGGCCCCGAACGGAUCCCUUCUGGCGUCUGCGGCGGAGGAUGGAUAUAUCGUGCUCUGGGAAGCAAAGACACAGAACACUCUGCAACGUUAUAAUUUUGCAAAUGUCGUGAACCUGUCCUGGCACCCGACCAAGAACUCGCUUUCAUUCACAACUUCAGAUGGAGAGCUUUUCAUCUAUGAUAACUUUGUGCCGAAGGAGCACGAAUCCUUGCUACAGAAGCCGCUCCAGGCUGCUCCUAUACUGCCGGGACCACUGGGCGAAAUAUCCAACAAUAUUGCACAGACGACAUUGGCCGACCGGUCCAAGGAGGCCAUCCAGCGGGCAGCAAGGAGAGGCAGUCCAGCAGACUCGCUGGAUGAUAUCCUUGGCGGGGACGACGAUGAUGUGAUGGACUUUGUCGAGGAUGAUGAUGGGGCUGGCUAUGCCGAUGAGCUCAAUCUCUAUGGCAAGCGGUCAAAUGAUCAUCUCGACGACCUUGACAUUCCCGACACUAAGCGUCUGAACUUGACUGGAGCUGUGUGGACGGUGGACCAGGAGACACAUCACACCGUUACUGUGGAGUUUUACGACAGAGAAACUCAUCGAGAUUUCCACUUUACAGAUCCCUAUAAGUACGAUAAAGCCUGUCUGAAUGACAAUGGAACACUCUUCGCCAAUAACCCUUUGGAUGGCAGCCCGGCAACCAUCUUCUACCGGCCGCAUGAGACGUGGACUGCACGAGCCGACUGGCGGACUCAAUUGCCUGUGGGAGAACGGGUUCAAGCUCUGGCACUGAGCGAUUCAUACAUCGUCGCAGUGACAUCAAAGGACUAUGUCCGAGUAUACACUCUCUUUGGGACUCCCUACAAGGUGUAUCGGCAGAAGAGCCGAGCUGUGACUUGCGCAGCCUGGCGUGACUACAUUAUGAGUAUCGGAAACGGGCCCGUCGGACCUGAUGGCUUCCAAACGACGUUACGAUAUACGGUGGAGAACGUCAAGCGCGACGAAAUCUGCCAGAACGAAGACACCGUUGCCCUUCCGGAAGGGGCUUCCUUGCAGAGUAUUUUCUUUUCAGACAAUGGGGACCCUUGUAUCUAUGACUCUACCGGCGUUCUACUAGUACUACAACAUUGGCGUACACCAGGCCAAGCACGAUGGGUCCCUCUCCUGGACACUAAGCAGAUGGCCCGUCUCGCAGGAGGACGAAAGGAAGAAACAUACUGGCCUGUGGCUGUGGCACAAGACAAGUUCCACUGUAUCAUUCUCAAGGGUGGUGAUAAGCACCCUUACUUCCCGCGUCCACUGCUCAGUGAAUUCGAGUUCCAGGUACCGAUUGCCAGUGGCUCUCCGAAGGAUCCUACCGAAUCUGAAGAGACUGCAACAGAAGGUGCCCGGUUUGAGGAAUCAUUUGUCCGUGGAAACGUACUCUUGUCGCUCUUCCGCGACCUCCUCUCCGCGACCAAUGCCACAGCCGCCCAGCGGACUGAUUUGGCGCGGAGGGAGCUCGACUUGGAUAAGAACUUGCUGCAAAUGCUGGCCAUUGAAUGCAGAGAGGGUGAGGAUCGUGGUAUGAAGGCGCUGGAGCUGGUGGCCUUGAUGACAGACCGCAAUGGCAAGAUGCUCGAGGCAGCUGCUAAGAUUGCACAGCGAUAUGGGCGCGGUGUUCUGGAGGACAAGAUCCGUGAUCUAGCAGAGCGACGUGUGAUGGGAAUGGGUGACGAUGAUGAAUUGGCUUGA